AUGGAUUCUGGAAUAUUUCGGCGUGAGAAUGAAGGCGGGCAGGAAGCUGAGGAGGAAAGUGCGAUGCCAAUGUCCGAACUACCUCGCGAUUUCCUCAUCGAGCCUCAACCCACAGAAGCGGACUUUCAAAUUCCUGAUGAUGCUGAACGUUUGACUCGACCAAAGAAGCCUCAGACAAUCAAGAAGAUUGGAGAGAUCGCAAGCAAGCUCGAAACGAAUCCGAAUGCAACACAGUACCUUCUUCUCACUGACGUGAGUGUUUCACUACGCAAAUAUCUUCUAAACGAAAGGAUCCGUGGACUGCGAUUCACUUUCGACGAUCGCAAGAUACUACUGAGAAUUAUGCCCAGCGGACAGCACGAAUGUGUGAUUGGCCAGUUCACCUUAUCAUUUGGGGAUGCAAUGACUGCGGCUGGCUUACCGAGUUCGGGGGAGCGCUGGUUGGCGACUAAUGCUAGAGAGUUGGCGGGGCUCAACUGUUCAAAGCAACCUGAUUUCAGCAUAAUACCGAGGUCCCAUCCAAACUCUACGUUCGUUAGCAAAUGGCCAUCACUUGUGGUUGAAGUCGGCAUGUCGCAGUCAAAAAAUUCUCUCCGAAACGAUGCACAAUGGUGGUAUUCAAACUCCAACUACCAUACUCGAUUGAUACUGCUCUUCAAAGUUCACAAAGGAACCCCCUUUAGGGUGGAUGUCGAACUAUGGUCAGCGCCUAUCGUUCCACAAAGCCGAGUUACACGCCAGGGUGGUAAGCCUUUACUUUCGCUUACGCAGGAAUUACGAGUUACCCAAGAUGCCGUCACACUAGUAAAGGGCUCGAGUCCAGACAUCAAACUAGAUUACAAGUUGCUUAUGCGUGAAAAUGGGCAAGGAGACAUUACCAUUACCCAAAAAAUGCUGCAGCGAGCUUGUCAAGACGUUCGAGAACUUGAUGCAUAA